UACUGCGCAUGUCAGUUAGGGGUGUCUUCCGGUUGAAGAGCUACACAGACAGCAGAGAUGUCUGCUUCACUGAGUCUGCGUCUUCUCUACUGCUACGCCAAGCCAGGCACGUUUGGAUGCACUCUUGCACGUCCAUUCAGCGUCAGUGUGCAGCGCAGCGGCUUCAAGUAUGUUAAUGCUCAAGAGCAGCCCACAGACUUGAAGUCCAUCACUGACCGUGCUGCAACCACUCUCCUAUGGACAGAGCUCUUCAGAGGUUUAGGUAUGACCAUGAGUUAUCUUUUCCGUGAACCCGCUACCAUCAACUACCCCUUUGAGAAGGGCCCCCUGUCACCUCGCUUCCGUGGUGAGCACGCCCUCCGUCGCUACCCCAGUGGGGAGGAGCGAUGCAUCGCUUGCAAGCUCUGUGAGGCCAUCUGCCCCGCUCAGGCCAUCACCAUUGAGGCUGAGACUCGAGCCGACGGCAGCAGGAGGACGACGCGUUACGACAUUGACAUGACCAAGUGCAUCUACUGUGGCUUCUGCCAGGAAGCCUGUCCGGUGGAUGCCAUUGUUGAGGGUCCAAACUUUGAGUUCUCAACAGAAACACACGAGGAGCUGCUGUACAACAAAGAGAAGCUCCUCAACAAUGGAGACCGGUGGGAGGCUGAGAUUGCAGCUAACAUCCAAGCAGACUACCUGUACAGAUAAGACUCAUCAGCGUAAGCCGUCUGGAUGUGUCCAACAUGCAAGUCCAGUCCAGUGCAUCAGCAUCUAUUAGCAGCUUUACAAAUAUUUGUUUUGCGUAAGGAAUAAAAUCUGACACCUGAUGUUGGCUUUAUAGCCUACAGUGUUUAGCCUCAGCACACGCUGUGAUUUUUGUCAGCUGCAUAAAUAACUUAUUGUUUCACAGCCAAGGCUUGUAUUUGUGUUUUCCCUCAUGCUACAAAAAUCUUGAAAUAAAUUAGGUUUUCAAAA